AUGUCUGGGCGCUUUGUUCGUUCCUCCAAAUACCGCCACGUCUUCGGGCGUUCGACGAGAAAGGAUCAAUGCUACGAUAACCUUCGAGUCUCGCGCAAUGCCUGGGAUACCAACCUGCUCAAGGUCAACCCCAAACAUAUUGCGGUCAAUUGGGAAGCAGGUGGUGGAGGUGCAUUUGCCAUCAUCCCCCUCGAGGAACGAGGCAAGCUCCCGGAGCGUAUCCCUUUGUGUCGAGGCCACACUGCCGUUGUUCUGGACACCGACUGGAACCCCUUCAACGAUGACCUGAUCGCCUCUGGAUCUGAUGAUGGCAAAGUCUUCCUCUGGCGGGUUCCGGAGAACUUCACCGUCCGCCCCGACGUGAAUGCCGACGACAUCCAGGACCUUGCUCCUGUUGGAAAAUUGAGCGGUCACCCCAAGAAGAUCGGCCACGUGCUCUUCAACCCCGCGGCAGAAAACGUGCUGGCAACGGCCUCGGGCGAUUACACUGUGAAGAUCUGGGAUAUUGAGGCUGGGAAGCCCAAGCUCACGCUCAACAUUGGCGACAUUGUCCAAUCGCAGUCAUGGAGUGCCAACGGUUCCCUGAUGGUCACCACCUCGCGUGACAAGAAGCUCCGUAUUUGGGAUGUGCGCCAGGAGCGUCCUGCCCAUGAGACCAAUGGUCACACCGGUGCCAAGAACAGCCGUGCCGUCUGGCUGGGAGAACGCGAUCGCAUUGCCACCACCGGUUUCUCCAAGAUGAGUGACCGCCAGCUGGCUCUUUGGGAUAUUCGUGCGGUUCGCGAACCCAUCAAUGGGUUCAAGACCUUGGACUCGAUUUCUGGUGUGUGCAUGCCAUUCUGGGACGAUGGCACCAACUGCUUGUACUUGGCUGGACGUGGUGACGGUAACAUCCGAUACUUCGAGCUAGAGAACGACAAGUUCGAGUUCCUCUCUGAGCACAAGUCCGCAGACCCCCAGCGUGGUGUUGCUUUCAUGCCCAAGCGCGGCGUUAACAUGCACGAGAACGAGGUUGCACGUGCUUAUAAGACCGUGAACGAUCAGUACAUCGAGCCUGUUUCAUUCAUCGUUCCCCGUCGCUCUGAGAACUUCCAAGACGACAUCUAUCCCCCGACCACCGGAGUUGCCCCUGCGAUGUCAUGCUCCGAGUGGCUGGGAGGCAAGGAGGCCAUCCCUCCCAAGAUCUCUAUGGCCAGUCUGUUCGAUGGCGAAGGUAUCAAGGAGGUUUCUGGUGUUGAGGAAAAGCCUACUGGCUCCAUUGAAACCCCUGCGCCUCAGGCUGCUGCUGAUUCUCCCAAGGCAGCCGACGCACCCAAGGCUACCGAAGCGCCCAAGAAGGCUUCUGCGCCCAGUUCGCCCAAGAUCUCUGAGCCGGCCCCCGAACCCACUCCCGUCGCACGUCCCGCUCCAUCCAUGAAGGACCAGGGUGCCUCCAUGGCCUCUAUGGUUGACAAGUUCGCCGACGGCGAGGAGGAGGGCAAUGUCUCCGACGAUGACGACUCGAGCUUUGAGGAGGUUCCCAAGCCGGUUGAACGCCCCGUCCGUUCCGCCGCCGCAACUGAGUCUUCUUCUCCCCGGGUCAGCAGCCCGCUGAGGCCGAAGGAGGCCGAGACCAAGCCCCAACCUGUUGUCUCUACUCCUACUAUCCCAUCUCCCGCCAGCGAGACCCCAUCCCCCUCUACUUCCGUUCCCAAGAACGACAUUGAGGAAAUCAAAAACCUAAUUGCCCAGCAAACCAAGACGAUCGCCUCUCAGGCCCAGCAAAUGCAAACCCUGACCGCCGAGAUCGAGGCUUUGAAGAGCAAGCUGAACUAA